ACACUGCACAAGUCAAGAAAUAUCUUUAUCUAAUCAAAUUUUGCCGAGACUGAGGCUUCAUUUUUCGCUUUAUAUACAGUGCAUUUUAUAAUUUCAAUUGCUAGCCAUUGCUGAAAUAGAAGAUAAGUGAUUUUUUGAUACUCAAGAAACUGAAGGAAGAGACUGAAGCAGUGUCAUGUGGAGGAUUAAGAUUGCAGAGGGUGGCAAUGAUCCACACAUAUACAGCACAAAUAACUUUUUGGGGAGGCAAAUAUGGGAGUUUGAUCCUGAUGCUGGCACCCUUGAAGAGCGAGCUGAGGUUGAAGAGGCUCGCCAAAAUUUCUGGAGAAACCGCAACGAGGUCAAGCCCAGCUCCGAUCUCCUUUGGAAAUUCCAGUUUCUAAGGGAGAAAAAAUUCAAGCAAAGAAUUCCUCGAGUCAGGAUUGAGGAUGGUGAAGACAUUUCCUAUGAAAAAGCAACAAGUGCUUUGAGGAGGAGUGUUCAUUUGUUUUCAGCCUUGCAGGCUAGCGAUGGCCAUUGGUGUGCUGAAAAUUCUGGCCCAAUGUUCUAUUUCCCUCCCCUGGUUUUUUCUCUGUAUAUUACAGGACAUCUUAAUGCUAUCUUCUCUGCAGAGCAUAAAAAAGAAAUCCUACGUUACAUAUACUGUCAUCAGAAUGAAGAUGGUGGGUGGGGAUUACACAUAGAGGGUCACAGCACCAUGUUCUGUACAGUCCUGAACUACAUCUGUAUGCGCAUGCUUGGAGAAGGACGUGAUGGUGGCAAAGACAAAGCAUGUGAAAGAGCAAGGAAGUGGAUUCUUGAUCAUGGUAGUGCAAUUGCCAUAAGCUCUUGGGGAAAGACUUGGCUUGCGAUACUUGGUGUGUAUGAGUGGGCUGGAUGCAAUCCAAUGCCCCCAGAAUUUUGGUUCUUGCCAUCUACAUCUCCCAUUCAUCCAGGAAAUUUGCUGGACUACUGUCGGCUCACUUACUUGCCGAUGGCGUACUUGUAUGGGAAGAGGUUUGUUGGUCCAAUCACACCUCUCAUCUUACAAAUUAGGGAAGAAAUCUACAAUGAACCUUAUGAGAAACUCAAUUGGAGGAGAGUCCGCCAUUUAUGUGCAAAGGAGGAUAACUAUUAUCCACAUACUUCGAUUCAAAUAUUGUUUUGGGAUGCUAUUUAUACUUUUGGCGAGCCCCUUCUUACUCGGUGGCCCUUCAACAAAUUGAGAGAGAAGGCUCUCAACAUAACAAUGGAUCACAUCCAUUAUGAAGAUGAGAGCAGUAGAUACAUUACCAUAGGAUGUAUCGAAAAGCCAUUAGAUAUGCUGGCUUGCUGGGUUGAAGAUCCCAAUGGGGAUUAUUUUAGGAGGCAUCUUGCUCGGAUCAAGGAUUAUGUGUGGCUUGGAGAAGAUGGAAUAAAGAUGCAGAGUUUUGGUAGUCAAGUGUGGGAUACCAGUCUUGCCCUUCAAGCUUUGAUUGCCAGCAACCUCUCAGAUGAAACAGGACCUGCACUUAAGGAGGGUCAUAGCUUCAUAAAGAACUCUCAGGUCACUGAGAAUCCUCCCGGAGACUUCAGAAGGAUGUUUCGCCAUAUCUCUAAAGGAUCGUGGACUUUCUCUGACAAAGAUCAUGGCUGGCAAGUGUCUGAUUGCACUGCAGAAAGCAUGAAGUGUUGCCUCCUUUUUUCAACAAUGCCUCCGGAAAUUGUAGGUGAAAAAAUGGAACCUCAGAAGCUUUUCGAUUCUGUUAAUAUUUUACUUUCUCUUCAGAGUAAAAAUGGUGGGGUAUCUGCUUGGGAGCCGGCAGGGUCUGGAUUAUGGUUGGAGUGGCUCAAUCCUGUGGAGUUCCUAGAGGAUCUUGUAGUUGAGCACGAGUAUGUUGAAUGCACAUCAUCAACAAUACAGGCAUUAGUCCUAUUUAAGAAGUUAUACCCUGGCCACAGGACAAAAGAGAUCCAAAAUUCCAUCAUAAAUGGUGUCAAGUUCAUUGAAGAGUUGCAAAAGCCUGAUGGCUCAUGGUAUGGAAAUUGGGGAAUAUGCUUUAUCUAUGGUACAUGUUUUGCUCUGGGAGGGCUAGCAGCUGCUGGAAAGACUUACUCCAAUUGCCUGGCUGUUCGAAAAGGAGUUGAUUUUCUACUUGGAUCACAGAGAGAUGAUGGUGGAUGGGGCGAGAGUUACCUUUCAUGCCCUAAGAAGGAAUAUGUACCUCUUAACCACUCAAACCUGGUGCAAACUGCAAUGGCUAUGAUGGGUUUAAUUCACGGUGGUCAGGCGGACAGAGACCCUGCACCCCUUCAUCGUGCUGCCAAGUUAUUGAUUAAUUCUCAAACAGAACUUGGUGAUUUUCCCCAGCAGGAAAUCGGGGGAGUUUUUAUGAGGAAUUGCAUGUUACAUUAUUCUGCGUAUAGGAGUAUCUUCCCCAUUUGGGCUCUAGCAGAGUAUCGCCGGCAUGUUGCCUCGCCAACCAAAAAUAUUUGAACCAAGAUAGGGAAAAAUUUGAAAAUAGUUGGUGGGAAUAAAACUGCAAAAUAAGUGAAUAAAUAGAUCCUCAAAAAAAAAAAUCAAGCAAGAAGGAUCAUACAUUCUUCA